UCAAUGAUGAAUCCCCACAUUUUCACACACAACACUCACUAGCCAUAGCCAUAGCCAUGGCUCCCUCCCCUCCAAUCCCGCCCAAACCCCCUUUCCCAAACCCCAAUUAACCGUUCGGGGACUCUAACCCUAGGUUUUUUCUCUUUUCUUUUUUCUUUUUUUUUUGGUUAUGGCGAUAGUCACGGGUGAUAGAUAUCUCGAAUCACUCGUAAAGUUCGUGGAAGAUCAGGCGGAGAGAUUAAUUGAAGGGACGCUGGUGUUGAAAUUGAAUCCCGUGGGUUUGCGGUACGUGCAAUCCAGGUUUGAAGCGUUGGAGGAGCUAGAAAGCUUGUUGGCCGGAGCUCCGGUGGAUUAUUUGCGGGCUUAUGUUUCGGAUUUGGGUGACCAUCGCGCGCUCGAGCAGUUAAGGAGAAUUCUUCGCCUGCUUCCGUCGUUGAAAGUGGUUUCUGUGCUGCCGUCACCGGGGAGGGAUCCAACCCCGCUAUUCUUGCUUCCGUUUGGGAGGUUGAAGGUUUUGGAGCUCCGUGGAUGUGAUUUGUCCACAUCUGCGGCGAAGGGGUUGCUUGAGUUGAGGUUUACGCUUGAGAAAUUGAUAUGCCAUAACUCAACUGAUGCACUGCGACAUGUGUUUGCAAGUAGAAUUGCGGAUAUAAAGGAUUCUCCCCCGUGGAACCGCCUGUCUUUUGUGUCAUGUCCGUGUAACAGCUUGGUUCUUAUGGAUGAGUCUUUACAGCUGCUUCCUGCGGUGGAAACCCUUGAUCUUAGCAGGAAUAAGUUUGCAAAGGUAGAUAAUCUCAGGAGGUGCACCAAAUUGAAGCACGUGGACUUGGGAUUUAAUAACCUGAGAACUAUUGCAUCUUUUACUCAGGUGUCCUGUCAGAUUGUUAAGCUUGUGCUGAGGAACAAUGCUUUAACUUCUUUGCAUGGCAUUGAAAAAUUAAAAUCAUUGCAAGGGCUCGAUCUUUCGUACAAUAUUAUUUCAAACUUCUCCGAGAUAGAGAUCCUUGCUGGCCUUCCAUCUCUUCUGAACUUAUGGUUAGAAGGAAAUCCACUUUGCUACGCAAGAUGGUUUCGUGCCCAAGUUUUUAGCCUUUUUCCUCAUCCAGAAAGACUUAAGUUGGACGAGAAGGAAAUAUCCAAAAGUGAGUAUUGGGAGCGGCAAAUCAUAAUUGCAAGCAGACAGAAGCAGCCUGCAAGCUUUGGAUUUUAUUCACCUGUCCAAGAUGAUGCUGAUGUAGGUCGAACCAUAAAUACAAAAAGGAAGCGAAUCUCUCGUCUUGUCAAUAUUGAGAAUGAAGAGCAGAGCACAUAUAUUUGUUCUGACCAAGAUUCACUGUCAUGUGAUAAUGAGAAUCAAGACAAAGAUGAGAAUGUCAAUGCACAUGAAGCUGAAAUAGAAGAUUUGAUGCACAGAAUUGAAUUAAUGAAGAAAGAUCACUCUGUUCUGUGGUUGCAGGAAUUUAAAGAAUGGAUGAGUCAAACAUCUGAAAAUUUUGUUGAUGGUAAUAAAUUUAGGAGUACCAUCUUACAUAAUAAUCAAGAGUUUGGUUUGAAUAGUGAGGCAAAGGAUGAGGACUUUGCUGAGACCUCAAGGCACAUUUUUGACUCUUUUCAGCUUUCUGGAGAUGAUAGUAGCACAAUGAUUCUAGAAUCUGAGACCUCCUUUGCAGAUACAUCUACUGUUGUAAGUGGCCAGCAGUACUUUGAUCAAAUUGGUGAAGCAGCUCCAAGAUUUUUCAUGGGGCAUGCUGGUGCAGACAGAUCUGUUUCCAAAGAUGUUUAUGUGAAUCAGGAAGAGUUGAGAUUAUCGAAUAAUCAAGGUAGUGCGACUGUAGAUGCUGGAAAGUUGCGGUUUAAUUCCCUUGCAGUCGUCAGAGGGGAUAAUGCAAGCACCGAGAAUGCAAUGUCUGCUUCAACUGCAAUAAAUGACAUCAUGAGUUCCCAUUCAUCAUCAGCACGCCUGGGAUCUCCGCCUCAUUAUCAAGAGGACGUUUUACAUCGACGCCAAAACCUAGAAGAAGAAUUUCUGCAGCUAUCUGCUGAAUCUUUCUCAGUGGCAUCCUCUGAUAGCAAUACAAGUUGUAGUGAAGAUGAUUCUGCCGAAUUUGGCCCUUCAGGAAAUCAUGUUGAUCAAUGUCUUAUUGACGAUUCAGCUGAAAGGAGUCAUAGUGGUUUUCUGGUAGCUUCUUAUCAAGAUGAUGCUUGUGAUGUAUAUCACGACACAAUUUCAUCAUUGAAGCAGAAUGGGACACAUACAUCAAGUCCUUGUGCUGAAGGGAAUGUUAAUACCAAUGGUAGAGAACUGAAAAGCUCUGCCCUUGCUGGCAGAGGUAGUUCCUCUCGCUGUGUGCAUGAUGAUAAAAUUUUAGGACUUGUUAAGGGAAAAAGUGAUUGGCUGGAGCAGAGAAAAUGUGUAAAGAAGCCCACAAGAAGAAUGAUCUCCUUACCGGAGGAUGAUGAUGCACAUGGUGACACCGACUCAUCAAAGAACUCCAGUGGACCUGUAGAGACCUGCAGAUGCGAGGUGAUAAAUGAAGGUCAAGAUAUCUGUUGCUCAGGUGACUUUUGGAAAUCCACUCCAGCUAGAAACAAUGGAGACAGUGCUGGCCCCGCUGUACUUGGCCAGUGUUACAGGGAAACUGAUUCUGAGUUCAAUACAUCAAAUGAUGAAAAAGAUGAUUUUAUUGAGACUUAUUUCAAUUCUAAAGUGGCUCAUUCUGGGGUUAAUGAAACUUCUAGUCAAUACGUGCGAUGCAAUUGUCUGUUCGUUGAAAAACCAGGACAUAAAGAAAGGGAAGUAGCAGUUUUACGGAGCAGCGAACAGAAAUUGUACAUUUUACUUGUUCAUGCCUGUGAGGGGUCAGAAACUGCCUUGGAAAUGGUUGCUUGCCAUAGGGUUGGCGAUGUGAGAGAGGUUUUUGUUGGAUUAGGAUUUCAAAUCAUAAGGGUGUGCUUUGAAGGCAAUGCGACAUAUCUGCUCAUAACCAGGUCCAUGGAUAGAUCAAAAGAACUGCUUUGUGUAUUGGAUUUCUUUGAUCCAUCUGGGAUAAAAAAUACUUGCUCUAUAACAAGCUUGGAGCAGAUUCAGAUUAAUCUUUUCCAGGACCAUGUAUGCGGAGGUUCGAAGGUUAAUAUAUAUCAGUACUCUAUGGUGCUUUUCUGUCAGAAAAACUUUGAAGAGCAUUUGUGGCUGCCAAGAUCACUUUUUCUGCUCGAGGGGCACCUGCUUCUAUGCACUGAAGACUUCAUGCAGUUUGGUCCAUCUGAGAAUGCAUUUUCCCCAUGUUAUUUCCUACUGGAUUCAUGUUGCAAUGUUGUUGAUGUGUCUGAAAUGGCAAUUGACACUUCGGAUAGCCCGUGCGUUGCCUUAUCAUUUCGACGCACAUCAGAGUUCCGCCCUUCACAGAAAUGGUACAGAACUGAGCAUGCAUUUCCUAAAAGAAAGUGUGCUUCUGAUCCUGUAACAUGGAAGCUCAAGUGGUUCUCAAAAGAUAGCGUAUUCAAAUUCGUAGCCUUGCUGAAAGCAAUCCACGGUCAGGGGUCCACAUCGUCUUUUCUUGUAAGAUACGGAUCAUGAUUGCUCUUUUGCCCUUUCGGUUCCAUAUUCCUUUCAUUCUUUUGGUCUGGCUUAUUUCCUGGUUGUGUUUCUUUAGCUGUAAAUGUAACAUUUGCUAUUUGUAUUCGUUGAUUUGUGUCAUUCAAGAAGUUCUUGUGUAAAGAAGUGUACAGUGUACAGUUAAGUUGUUAAACAAAAUGUGAGUACAACCCAGCUUCAUUUGUACAGAGGCGUAACCCCAGUUAUGAAUAGAUCAUUUCAAUUUUUGGUGAGAAUGCACACUCAAGAAAUAGGUGUGCAUUAA